AGUGCGCAUGCGCCAAAAGUAAGAAACGUGGAAUUUUUAGUGAAGCUAUUUGUGCAAUUUUUAGUCGACUGUGAUACUUAUUUUAACUCUAAGAGGUCUGGGGAACUCUAUGAAGUACUAAGAGUGCUAUCGAAAAGGAUUAUGGCGUCAAUUGUGGACUCUCCAUCGAACAAUCCCUUCUUGAAACGGUCACGCCCUGAUGACAAGGAUGAUAUUCAAGAUGGCGACCAGGCAAAUAAGCGAAUAAAGCAGACCUCAGGUAGCCCCAAUAACAGUGACCCAACCCAAACAGUAACGUUGAAUACAAUUUUUAACAUGUUAAACCGUGUACUAGAUAAUAUGGACAAACAAGAUGAGCGUAUAAAAGCCAUUGCCACCGACGUGGUAUCUACGUCAGAAAUGGCCAUCCGUAGCGAAUUUGGGCGCAAUAUCUCAAGGAUAUCCAACGAACUGAACGACCGUGUGGAUAAAAUCGAGCAACAGGUCACGUCGUCAUUUUCUCGCUUGGAUAAAAUCGAGACUAACACUAAGGUCAGUGGUGGUACUGACAGCAGGAGUGCGUCGGUAAGUCCGCAACAAAAGCCUGAAUUGGCUAUUUUUAAUCUACCUGAGUCGACUAGUGUGGACGAUCUUAUUACCAGGGGCCUUGGCUUUAAGAUUGGUGAUCUGCAAAUAGGCCCUGCAAGACGCGUUGGGACCGUUCGAGUAGGAACGACGAGACCUAGAGUCACUAUUUUAUCAAUUGGAAACAAUGAUGAUCUUCAUAAAAUUUUGAAACAAAAACGAGUAUUGAAAAACUCUGCUGAAUUUAAAUCUGUAUAUAUUAACGUUGCCAAAUCCCCCGAAGCACUGAGUCAGGAACGAUUAAUGCGUAAAAUGAUACAUCAGAGCGUCCAGUCCCAUGUCAAAUCACUGCAGGGAACUGUUAAUAGUCAGGUCUUAAGUUCGGCCCCUAUUGUUGCAACAGCUCCCGUUGCCACAACAGCUCCAGUCGCCACAACAGCUCCAGUUGUUCCAGAUGCGGCAGCGGUUCCAGUUGCCACAGCAGCUCCAGUUGCCACAAUAGCUCCAGAUGCCACCACAGAUUAUACUGCUACAUCUAUCCCUCCGUCAGGAAGAGUACGCGCUAAUGGGACCAAUCAGCGAAAUGGUGGUAAGGCCAAAUCUAAGACUAACACAGGAGCUAAUCGUAGAAUGGCUUCUAAACCUAUCCCACGUCAGUCAAUAAGUAAUGAACGCUUAACCCAAAGCCAACAAUAG